UCUAGCUUAGUCCUCAAUUGUCUGUUAGUGCUUGUACUUACUACUUCGAUGUUGUGUUUUGAAAACGUAUUUCUUAUUUCGCUCGUUAACGAUGAGAGUAAUGCUCGCUCUGAUAGGUGGAUUAUCCCUUUUUGUGUUUUUAGAGUGUUUUUCAGAUAAAAAUUGGAUUCGCUACACGUCCUGCAGCAGGAGAACUCGAGCUACGACCUUCAACGGAAUAUUUUCGCGUAACUCCUUUGUCUUUGACUUAAUUUUUUCAAAAAAAUCGUGGAAAGUUGUUCGGAAUAUGAAUAAUCCAAAUUUGAUCGAAUUUCAACUAAUUCUUCCAACUGACAAGAAAUCUGAAAAAAAGUACGUGAAAAAAGACUUGUGGUUUCCGCCCUUAAGUGUCAAUACAGCUUGUGGUCUCUGAAUAAUUAUCCAAUUUCAACGGAAGGAUGGAAAAUGCUUAAACUGUCUCUGCGGUCCCAGUUUUAUUGAAAAAUACCAAUUGUUAACCGGAGGCGGUGAAUAAUUGAAGGAUAAAUGCAACGUCAGCUUUGAAUUCCCCGAAGGAUACUGAAAUCAGAGAAUUACAACACAUGCGAUUUUCCUAACGAUUUUCGGAUGUUACAAUCAUUUAAAAUAUUUACAGGAAUAAAUCUAAUGCACUCCUAUAUGAAUUGGGUGAAUUCAUUUGAUGUUCGCACCACCAAAAGCUGUAAUAUGGUGUUUUUGGAAUUCGCGUGCUCUUCAUUAUCCUGGCACCCUACGUCCGCCUUCGAUUUAUGUUUAAAUAACAACAGUGGUCGGCAACUGUCGCCACGUGUAAAUGAAAUUUCAAACGGUAAUUGCAAAAAUGAGAACGUGUUCCUGAAAGUGUCGGACAAAUUGUCAAACAAAUUAAAUUCUGUGAGUUGAUUUAAUUUCAACUAUGUCAAAUGCGA